CAAUUUACAUAAGUUUUUUAUAUACAAGCAAAUCACUGAUCGUAUCUUUUCUUCUUGUAUUUUUAGGUCUUGAACGUGACUUGUUCCCUUCGAAAUUGUUUGACUGAAUGAGUGGGAAUAUAAAAAUGAUUCCAACAAACGGUUCGAGGGUAUGUAAAGUGAAUACUUCCUCGCCAUACGGGCAUACUUAAGCUCUCUGUGAUGCCUUCAAUCCGCGCAAAACUAUUGAAUUCAGCAACAGAGAUUCGAGUGCCAACGACUGAGGCAUAUGACAAGCGAUAUUUACUGUAAAUACCAAAUCACUCAAGGCAAUUGUUUCAGAAGAUUUACCAUACCAGAGGAGCGGGUACAAAGUGAUUACUGGAAGCGGUAGCCCAAAGGCUGAUGGUCGGCGACACAAUGUCAAACAACCAAUGCUCGUACAACCGACGACAACAUAAUCAUUGCGAAUGUCAAAUAGUGGUAUCAAAUUGCACGCUGUGAAUCACUGGCAGCAGUGUAUAGCUGUUAUUGCGAAGACGCGUAGGCUUUCCGCAGUUAAACGUUGCCCCGAGCAAUCAUAAGAUAAAGCAACAAGGCAAAGCAAUAACAAACACGUCCGACUAUCAAAGGGCAUCGAUAGUGCCAACAGGAGCAAUGAGCGCAACAGUGGCUAGCAGGAUUUUCGAAAUAACUGCUGCCGCAACAACAGCAACAAUAACUACAAGAACGGCUGUGACCAAAGCAACGCCGUCGUUGUCAUGGACACUGCUGCGUACGUCGAUGGGUCUGACCGUAAAUGGCGAAUUGACAACAACAAACAUGGAUAUGGCCACCACGAAGACACAGCAGUCAAAGCGGCUUGAUGACCAUACUUGCCGGCAGCAACAUGAUGAUGAGCACAGCAACAGCAGGGCAAACGCACACAUUGAUAUCCACGCAGCGCAAGCGCAAAGACUUUCGUGUAGAGAUCAAAGGCAAAUACAAGACCAACAUGUAGGUCUACAAAAUUCUUGCAGUAUGCGUAAGCUGCAGGAGCAAAAACCAAAAGAUUGCCGGUAUUAUCUAUUGAAGCAGCAACAACAACAAUGCUCAUCAAAAGCCAAAGAUGACGAAGGCGGCGGCGACGACACAUUCUCGUCCACCUACUUGCGUUCCACAUUCAAGCAGCAGCAACAGCAACAGCAACAACGAUGGUUGCGCUUUUGCCUUGUGCUCGUCAUUUGCCUGUCACUGCCCACUGCAACGAAUACCAAACGUCAGACCUCAGCGAUGCCAAGAACAACAGCAACAACACCAACUUAUCUCACAGAAUUACCAACAGCAACAAGGACAUUAAGAGAUACAUUAACAACAACAUUAGUAGCAACAAGACCAACAUCAACUACAUCAGCCCAGACAACACUCGGCACUUAUCAUACGAAAAAGCCGUCGGCAAUUCAAAGUGAUGACAACAUCGUGACCAGCCAAAGCAGCAAUUUCACGCACACCACAAACAACGCAAUCAAAAACGUCAUCAUUCCUUCAGCCAAGACCAGCGUAAACUCAACGACCACAUCAAAAGUCAUUGCAGAGACAAUGACCGUACGAUGGAUGAGGCGAUCGAGCUCCGGCUCAAGCUUGUUCCCCGGCACGGGCGGUUUGACGGUGUCAACAACAUUGCCAGCAGCGUUGAAAACAUUCACAUCAUCAUUGCUGACAUCAGCAGAAAUAACAGUGCCGUCAGUCGUCAUGAAUAUAACACCAACAACAGCAACAACAUCGGCAACAACAGAAGUGACAGCUAGCAUUAGCAGUGGUGGGCAGAGAAAUACGCAAUCGGCAUGGAAUGCUCAUUUAGUAAAUGAAUUGUUGCACGAAACACUCCCAACAAAACCAAAAGCAGCCGCAACUACAACAAGACACCAAUAUAGCAGCAACCACAUGGCACACAAUACGCCCAGUGGGAGUUAUACGAGCAACAAGCAUGAAAACCACAUCGCCAGUGCAGCGAAAAACUUUGCUAGUUUGCAUCGCAGUCGCGUGACACGUUCCCUCGGUAUGAGUUUGAGCGGCAACAACAAUGGCGGAAGUAGUUUUGGUGCCGUGAGCAAAGGCCUUGGUAGCGGUGGCGGCAGUGCUGUUGGCCUCACAGCGUCGCAGGAUACUGAUAUUCAAAAUAGCAUAGAAUGUCCUAGCUUCGAUGAGAAUUCAGCAUGUCCUUGCUACAAAUUCGAAGAUGGUUUAUUUCUUGAGUGUCCCGGCACGACGGCCAUGUCAUUGCGCAGCACAUUGGAACGCAUCACAUCGCCGAUACAUUCAUUAUCCAUUUAUGAUUUCGAUCGUUCGGUCACGUCGCUCUCGCAGGAUGUCUUUCAACCAGGUGUCAAUAUAAGGCAUUUGCAAUUUUCACACUCACACCUGGAGACGUUGAAGGAUAACAGUUUGCGGCAUGUACGUGCUACAUUGGAGUCGUUGAGCAUUGUUAAUGGAAAAUUAACACAGAUACCAUCGCGCGCUCUCAACACGAUGCAAAAAUUGAACGCUCUCGAUUUCGAUUACAAUGAAAUUGUGCGCAUCGACGACUACAGCUUCUAUGGGCUGCGCUUAUCGAAGCUCAACAUGAAAGGUAAUCAAUUACAAUCGAUACCCGAACACGCGUUUGUUGGCUUGGAGGAAUCAAUGCAAGAGAUCGAUUUAUCGGAGAACGCACUGCGCACUUUCCCGCUGCUCUCAUUGCGUAAACUUGACUAUUUGCGUACAUUGCGUUUAUCGAAUAACAAAGUCUCUACAUUCUACGGCGACAUAACGCUUGCGACGAAUAAUGCCUCAGCAGCUGCAACAGUGCUUCGUCUACCCUCACUGAUCUUUCUGGAUUUGAGUUCGAAUCAAUUUACGGAAAUUGUUAACGAUUGUUUUAACGCUUUCCCACAACUGAAAACACUCUCUCUCUACGCCAAUCAUAUUGAACUCGUACAACCGGAUGCGUUCAAGAGUUUAAAAGAACUCAUGUCGCUGGAUAUGUCACACAAUCGCAUUAUCUCUUUGGAUGCGAAAAUUUUCGAUAAAAAUAAACGUCUACAGACAGUGGAUCUCAGUCACAAUCACAUACAUUCAAUCAGCGGUGUUUUCUCCAACCUGCCACAGCUGCGUGAAGUCUUUCUCUCGGAGAAUAAUAUACUCGAGUUGCCGGCGGAUGCUUUUACGAAUUCGUCCAAUGUGGAUGUUAUUUACUUGGAAGCGAAUGCCAUAGCACACAUUGAUCCGAAUGUCUUCAGCACAUUGGUGAAUUUGGAUCACUUAUAUUUGCGUUCCAAUUUCAUACCGUUAGUGCCUGUUACGCUCUUCGACAAGUGUCAGAAACUCACCUCGCUCUCGCUGGACAACAAUCAAAUACAAGAUCUCGAAAUCGGCAUGUUUCGUAAGUUGGAAUUUUUACGCGAAGUACGACUACACAACAAUCGCAUACGACGCAUAAGGAAGGGCGUAUUCGAACCUUUACCGGCGCUACAAGAGCUGCAUGUGCAAAAGAACAAUAUAGAGGAUAUAGAGCCAGGUGCCUUUCAAAGCCUCACGAAUUUGCAGCACAUAAAUUUGCAGGAUAACCACCUGACGGUGUUGGAGGACAUCUUUCCGAAUGAGAAAGCCAAUUCAUCGCUACUCUCCAUACAACUCGAGGAGAAUGAGCUGCACAAGAUACACGCGCGCACAUUUCGCAAACAAGAGCGCAUACAAAUCAUGUGGUUGCGCGAUAAUCAACUCACUAGAGUAGAUAAGAGCAUGUUUGUCGAUCUGCAACUGCUGGGACGUCUGUACCUCAGUAAUAAUCUCAUACGCGAUAUCGAUAAGGACACAUUUGGUACGCUAAAACAUUUAAAAUUUAUGGAUUUGAGCGGAAAUCGUUUAAAACAUGUGCGACGUGAAUAUUUUGCACCACUUGUGAGCUUGGAAGAGCUGAAUCUUUCACAAAACUACAUUGAAGCGCUCGAAAGCUAUUGUUUCAACAAAUUGAAGAAUCUGCGUGUACUCGAUAUAUCGAAUAAUCCCUUGGUGCAAUUAACAAAGGAUAUUUUUAUGGACGAACUGCCACUGACUUAUCUGAAUCUGCGCAACACCUCACUGCGGAAAAUAGAGUUACACACAUUCAAGUCGCUGCAGAACCUCAAUGAGCUAAAUUUGGAACAUAAUGAAUUGAAUCCGGCUGACAUACAUAAAUUGGAUGUGCCCAGCUUGCGCAGUCUCUAUCUCUCGCACAACGACUUCAGUCAUACGCGUGUGGGCGGCAUAACGGCUGGCAUGUUCGACAAGAUGCGCUCACUACAGCUGCUCACGAUGUCCAAUUGUAGUCUAGACACCAUACCCGAUGAGAUUUUCACCAAAAACACGAACCUCGUUAAGCUCGACAUGUGCGACAAUCGCAUAACGGUCAUGAAUCGGAACAUCUUCAAUGGCCUGAAUGUGUUUAAAGAGCUGAAGUUGUGCCACAAUCAGCUGUCGGAAUUUCCACACAUUGCGCUUUACAAUUUGAGCACUUUGGAGACAUUGGACCUGUCACGCAAUCAGUUGACUUCCAUAGAUUUCUUUAAACUCAGCGGUACGUUGAAUUUGCGUCAACUGAAUUUGCAUGACAACAAAAUCACUUCGCUGAGUGGCUUCAAUGCCGUGAAUUUGACACAACUGGACAGUAUCGAUCUCAGCGGCAAUUUGCUGUUGUCUCUGCCAGCGAACUUUCUCAGACACUCAAUCAAUUUACAACGUGUCGACUUGUCGAGUAAUCGUUUUUUGCAACUACCCAGCUCGGCGCUAUCGGAUAUCUCUAUACCACGUCUCUCAUGGCUAAAUCUCACUGGUAAUCCCAUAAAUAAAAUUUACACCGUUAAAGAGGAACGUUAUCCGUAUUUGAAAGAACUCUAUAUCUGCCAAACCAAUCUGUCCAUAUUGACCUCGAAAGACUUUGAAGCAUUUCAGGCUUUACAACAUUUACACUUGGUCAACAAUCGCAUUACACGCAUCUCACCCGGCGCCUUUAAGACACUCACAAAUCUUUUAACACUCGAUCUUAGCAUUAAUGAGUUGGAAAUGUUACCCAAAGAGCGAUUGCAGGGCUUGAAAUUGCUACGGUUUUUAAAUAUCUCGCAUAACAUACUGAAGGAUCUAGAAGAAUUCAGUAGUGAUUUGGCACAACUGCAGACCUUCGACUUGUCAUUCAAUCAAUUGGAUCGCAUAUCGAAGAAAACAUUCAGAAACCUUCAUGGUCUCGUGGAAUUGUAUUUGAUGGGUAAUCGCAUGACUGUGUUGUCGACUGAUGCGUUUCGCUUUCUGAGGAAAUUACACGUUCUUGAUCUACGAAAGAAUUACUUUGAAUUGGUGCCGAUUGAAGCGCUCAAACCGUUAGAGACGAACAUAAAAACACUCAAGUUGGAAGAAAAUCCACUGCAUUGCAGUUGUGAUGCACAAAAACUCUGGGAAUGGCUGCGCGAUCAUCGAAAAUGGUCACAAAGUGGUGGUGGAGAUAGUGUUAAUUACUUAAGGUGCGAACAUCCUGUAGACUUGCGGGGCAAGGUGUUUGCUAAAAUGGAACCACAACAAUUUUGUGAUGCGCCGUUGAUACCGAAAAUUGCCAUACAGGAUAUACAACCAUAUUCGGUGGUCGUUUCAUGGUUAAGUCGUGAACAUUUGGGUUUAACGGGUUAUGAGAUUGUCUACUAUGCGACCACAGAUGGCAUUGAUUAUGAUGAGAUGCGUGGCAAACGUCUUAAUGGCUCUGCGAACUCGGCCAAAUUAACAAAGCUGAACGCCAAUACGCGUUACCACAUUUGCGUCAUUGGCACCGGUAAUUGGUUGUCCGAGCCUGCGGCGAAUGCGUUGCAAAGGAUACACUUUAACGACUCUGUUCUUAUGUUACGCGAUGAGGCCACCGUUAGUGGUGGCAGCUAUAUGACCGGGAAUCAGCAACAUCACUUCUAUUAUGAUCAGCAACAACAACAGCAGCAGCAACAAAACCAACAUGAACAACAACAGCAAGCGGAAUAUUAUCAGCAAUAUUUUCAAACGUAUCAACAGCAUAAUGACCACCAGCAGCAAUUAUUUACGCAAGCUGAACCGCAACAACAACAAGCACUAAUCGAGAACACCGUCGUGACGGACAAUGCACUACGGGACGUAUUGAAAAAUUCGCACAUCACCACCUGCACGGAUGUACAAACGCUUGACUCAACACCAAGCCUCGUAGCGGAUGAGAAUGGUCUCGCCAGCAAUAGCUUCUUACACUCCAUAUUGACACGGCGCCUGGGUUUGAUUGUGGGCUGUUGCCUCGGCAUCAUUGUGUUCAUUGUCAUGAUUUCCGUGUUGAGUUAUGUGAAAUUGAAGAAGCAGCGCAUCGAGAAUGCUAAACGGCAAGCUGCCAUGCCACCCGAAUACAUUUCAUAUCGACACUUCUCCAUACCCAACGAGGAGUUGGUGCGCGCCUCUGUCGCCGGUGGCGUAACAACGACCAUUUCGAGUGUGCCAAGCGGCAUAAGCGCACACAUCAGCGGCACCAGUCUCAGCACGAGCGCCACAGCCACAACGGCAACAACGCCACUAGGCAAUGGUGGUCCUGGCGGUGGCGGAAAUAGCAAUGGCCCUGACAGUAAGGGUGGUGGUGUAAGUGGGGGCGUCAGCACAGCCACAAUGACAUCCGCUACCAAUACGCUGAAGAAGAGUGAAGUCAACGCCAAUCUAACUGGUAGUGGUGUGGGUGUGGGUGUAAGUGUGGCUGUAGGUGCCGGUAUGACUGUUGCGGAAAGCAAUGGCUUGGUGAAUUUGACCUCAGCAACCACAAAAGCAACGAGCAAUGAUGUCCUUGGCUCAGCAACGGUGACCGUUGCGACAACGGUGGACUCGGCGGCAGUGACAGCGAACAACCACAAUCACCAUGCGCAUCAACAGCAUCAGCAAUUGCGGCUCCAACAUCAGCAACAGCACCAGCAUCAGAUUCAGCAUCAGCUUCAGCGUCAGCAACAACAGGGCAAUCACCAUCAUCAUCAUAUUGUAGGCAAUAGCGGUGGUGGUGGCGGUGUGGGGAGCUACAUGUCGUCGGGAGUUGUUUUAGGCGCGAAUCACUUGAAUGCCUGUUAGUUGCGACACAGCGUUGUCUCACUACAAUCGAUUUCGUGGAACUUUCUUUAGGCCAUACAAUAUUAUUUCUAAGGAAUGUAUGUAUACAUACAUACAUACUUACAUACAUACUCGUAC